AUGGCAGCUGUGGUCAUUGACCAAGCUCAUGCAAUCGCCUGGCUAGUGUCCACUGCCCUUCAGCAACAUGGAAGAAAUGCCUCGGUCAUCUCACCGUUGCUGCUGUCUGCUGCGGCCGAGGUCAGAGCGACCAUGAACCAAGGCAUCGCCCCACAGUGGGCUCGGGUGCAGGAUAACGAUACUCGGAUGGAGUCCCACCCUUUCUUCCCAAAGACCGUCAGAUAUGUGGCAGGAGGCACACCCGAAUCUGCACCUCAAGUCACCCCAGCUCCAGCUCCAGCUCCAGCCCCAGCUCCAGCCCCUGCACCAAUGUCGGUCCCUCCAAUCGAAUCGCUCCCUACCGCCGGGCACCAGCACAAUCUUCUUGUGCCUGGCAUGAUGACCGGCAAGGGCAAACAGCCUGCCCGCGGGACUCGGAGAUCCCGAGAGGACAGCCCAAGCGCUGAGAUGGGCCGGAAGAAGCGCAAGGUCUCAAGGCCCUUGUCAAAAGCCUUGGUCUCCGACACCAAGGAUGAGGACGGUCAGCCAGGAGGCACCAUUGUGGUUGUAAAGCCUGGCCGGUCCGCCGAAGUCCAAGGCGUCAAGAAGACGCAUGCCGAGGACACCAUCGGUCGCACGCCGUGCAAGGGCAAAGGAAAGGAGAAGGCCAAGGAAGUUGCCGAGCCCAUUAGAGGGCGCCCACUAGCCAAGGCCGAUGCUGGGGCCAAGACUUACGAUCCACCUUGCAAGAGGUGUGUCGACGAGCCUUGCCUUGUCAUUAUCGGCAAGAAAGGGCAGGUCAUGAGGUCCUGCGCCAAAUGCAGCCUCAUGAAGGUGAAGUGCGACCGACCGAUGUCGGUCGAUUCCGACACUCCUGUGCCGAUGGCACACCCGAGGACCAGGGCUGCACCGGCCUCCAAGAAGGUUCCCCCGACGGCAACCCCAAGGUCCAAGUCCAAUGGUCCGCUCAGGAGAACCAGAGCAACCUCACGGGCACGUCCACCGACUCCCAUCUUGGAGUCUGAAGAGGAAGCUGUCAAGGGUACCGAUGUGUCCAUCACAGGUGAUGAUGACGCCGACAUGGAGCCUGCUGCCGAUGCCCGGCUGAGCCUGCAGCGGACGACAAGAUCGUCGUCGAUGAGCCUCGGGCCAUCGCAUCUGCGGAUGACUUCCCCGCCGAUCAUUGGGUGGAGCCCCACUCCGAUGACUUCGUCAUUCCGACUGGCAGCUCCUGCGGCCGGAGAUGUUUCCCUCCCUUCGGCAUCUCUCCCACCGACCAUCAGCGCCAUCCACAAAUGUGUGGUUUCCCUGGCUGCUAAGGUCGCUGCCAUGCAAGUCGCCGACCAGAAUACCCUUGCCAGGGUCGAUGCGGUGCAGCAGGACUGCGAAACCCGGAUCUCCUCGAUGCGUGCGGAGCUUUCCUCCAUGCAGUUCGAUCUCGGCACCACUGUCAGCCUCGUCAAUGGCCUGACCAGCCUGGUGGAGAAGCUUCGGGAGGCACAGACCUGUUGCCAACCCAUCCUUCCCACCACCGAUGAUGAGCAACUUCGGUGCUACCUCGGCCACCCCACAGAUGCAAGCGAUGGGCAUCAGCUCAGCAGUCCUCCCCUCAUCGCACCGCCGCUUCCACGAACGGAGCCAAUGGCAACCAUUCUGGCACUCCUACUGCCAGAUGGCCACUCGGUCAGGCUGAUCGCCCCACCCAAUGGCAUCGCCGCCACGACUCUCAAUGGCACAGCACAUCAACCGACAGACGUGCAGAUGUCACCUCCUGCGGAACCUCCCCAGUCCAAUCAGACUGGCUCACCAGUGUCUCAAGGCUGA